CGAGUCGUCAUUACUCUACUACCUUCCUCUUUUGUAGACUCCCUUCGAAAGAAAAAACAACAAUCCAAGGCGGAUGAGGCCGGUGAAUUCUGUGAUCGAGCUGACUCCGAAGGUGGUCUGGACGAGAAGGAAUCCUCAAAUGCCGCCUCCUCAUCUCUCUCCCUUAUCGGCGGAGGGGGUGGUUGUGGUGAUUCGACUCCAGGCGGUCAUCCAGCAUCCUCUUACGUCAAUGCCAGCACUGUGGUUGCAGCUGCUCUCGCUGCCGCUGCUGCUCAACGUUCUACGGGGAAGGUGACAGCCUCUGCCACGGCCUCGCUUCCUUCUACAUUUCCUUCAGGGCAGUCUCACCUCCCACUGUCGCCUAGCUCUCAGGGGCAUCAUCACCACAAAGCGGAGAGAAGUUGGAAACCUGGAUCUUGGUUGAGGCGAUCGUUUGUGUUGUUGUGGAGGAGAAGACCGUCGCCGAAUUCCGGAGCUUUAACUUCCUCACCUUCCUCGAAACCUCUUCCUCAGGACGACAUUAUGAGUAUCAUUGCAUAUCAUCAAGCUAAGGCGAGUAGACAGUGUCGACCACCCGGUGCAAAUAUCCUCCUACUUGGCGAGUGUAUUCUUGAAGGUGUUCUAACUGAAUGGUUGGGUCCGGGAGGUCUGGGAAACGGAGGUGGUGGCGGUGGUGGUGGUGUGAGUGGCGUGUGCACCCCGCCUCCUCCCUCUGCGUCGUCCAUUUCCUCAGCGUUCUCGGUUACGGGUCUUCUGGUACUACAAGAUAAUCCUCAGUGGGCGAAAUCGCGACUCCUACUCAUGCGGACGUCUGCCGGUUAUGUGCUUGAGGUCUAUACACCACCUGAGUCCAACUGUCCUCGUUACGGUAUCACCUGUAGUCUAAUAGCUGAUCUCCGUCGUUUACGACCUGCAGAACUCACUGACUUCCGUAAUUACGUCUUUCUUCUAAAGACGGAGUCUGGAGAUGAGAAGAUCUUCGAAGCCUCCUCUUCCAAUGAGGCAGCCUGUUGGCUAGCAGCUAUUCGCAAAUGUCUCCCACCUCUUCGCCGUUGCCUCACAAAUCCCACCACACUGGCGGCUGCAGCUGCAUCCGCCAUUGCUGCUCGCCAACCGCCCUCACCCGGCACUGGAGGUCAUCAUCAUGCCAACAGUGGUGGUGACUGGUUGGUUUCUCUUGACAGCGGCGGCAGCGGCAAUCCUUCAGCUCAACCGAUUCCUCCACCUCUGCCUUCACUCUCAUCACCUCCUCAACUCAUCCAACCUAUUCCCACGACAGCUAUUUCCUCGACGGCGACAACGACAAACUCGGGAUUCGAGUUUCAGAGGCAGGUCGCUCCGCCUUUAUUGAGUUCCGCUCCAAAGUCGAAGCUGCUUGGCACUGGUGAUGACUUUGCACGUCAGCAUUCAGACUCUUCCAACACAGGUAUGAUGAUGGAUUCCACGACUCUCCACCACCACCAUCACCACCAUCUUCCACAGUCCCACUCGCAGCAGUCGAAUUCCUCCCUUAUGCCCAAACAGAUCUCCUCUCAACAGCCGCUCACUUCUCAGGGUGCUGGAACUCUCGUAUGUCCGCUUCCUUCCCGACCACCCGCCGCUUUCCAUCGAAUCGCGCCAACAGAACACCCUUCAGUUACCACCACCACCACCACUGCACCAAAUACCGCAGUCGUCACAAUAUCUGGCGAUGUGACCACCGGUGGCCAUCUGGACAACAGCUGUAGUAGUAAUCCCUUUGCAUGUGAUAAGUUGCUCUCCAAUUACCCCUGGUACCAUGGGACUUUGUCGCGAGUAGCAGCCACCGCAUUCGUGCUCGGACAGCCGGCUGAAGUGGAUGGGAUUACAACGACAGAGGGAAGUGGAGGCAAUGGUGGUUCCCCGACAGCGCUUUUCUCCUCGUCUGGAACGAACCACUCAGUGGCUUCCGGCUUGUCGGAUGGAGUGUUUCUGGUCAGGCAGAGUGAAACGCGUCUGGGAGAAUUUGUGCUUACUUUUAGUUGUCAUGGCAAAGCUAAGGUACAUUUCUCUCUGGCUUUGUUAGUAUACAUGAAAGAUUUUUUGGUUAAUCAAUCGGUAAAAUGUUUAAGGCCUGCUGAACGCUUAGAUUAUGUGCUUUUUUACAAUCAGUUUCCAGUCCCUUUGGCUGUGUGGAUCUAUGCAUUGGCGAUCGAAUUUUGUGGACAGCUCAAUUUGCAAUUAACUGAAGUCCAUGACACGGCUGAGAUACCUUUCUUUGUGGUUUGGUUUUCGGAACCUAAUAAAAGCGGCAUAAUUUCACGACUUCUCAUAACAGGUUGA